AUGUCCGACACUUGCAUUGUCUGUUUAGGAGACUUGAGCAGCGGCGAUGGCGAAGUUGCAGCUCCCCCUGCCAGCCCUGCCAAGUCUCCACCCACCGUUUAUGCCGCCGCCGACUCGAGGACAAUCGAUGCCGACCCUGAACCAAGUGCCACGACAUCAUCUGGCAAAGACGUGACCGAUCUAAUCGCCCAUUUGAGACCGUGUGGGCAUUACCUGCACAAUGAAUGUCUUACACCCUGGGUGGAAAGAGCUAACAGUUGUCCGAUCUGCCGUGCCAGUUUCCGUCUUGUUGAACUAAUGCGUUCAAUCAAUGGCGACGUCAUUUCUUCCUACUCGGUCGAAGAUCGAACGCAGGUCGCCGACUUAGAUCCUUCCAUGUUUCUCGAAAUCCCAGAAGAAGAGGAUGAGGACCAGCCCUGUCAAGCGUGCGGUGAAGAUGACAAUGAAGAUGUCCUGAUGUACUGUGAUGGCUGUCAGAAAUUGUGGCACACUUAUUGUGUCGAUCUGCAAGAGGUGCCUUACGGCCAUUGGUUUUGUGACAACUGCAGAGCACAACGAGAGCUUGAUCCUCGUGCAAUUGCUCGAUCGGGGCGACAAAACCGAAGACGCACGAGAGGUCAACAGCGCAGGCAACGAGGUCAAGAGUCAAGCUGGAACCAGGUUUGGCAGUCUGUUUGGUCACGCAUCAAUCUUGACCUUGACUUUCCCUAUGAAGAUGACGAAUCAUCAGCCAGAUAUCUGAGGCGCCAUCGUCAACGCAACCAGGCCGAUCGGCAGGCCCAUGAUGCCUGGUUGCGCCGAAUGCAGGUUGCAGAACUCCAUGGAGCUGGCAGUCGCUUCAGAGAGACUGAACCUGCACUUCCCAGCAGCCCUGGAGGCGAGUCCACACCAAGGAAUCGACGAGAGAGAGCAUCACCACGUCCACAAGCCGAGAGUGCUGAUGAACUCCUGGCAUGGCAUGCUUUUGAGCAAGCUCGAGCUUCGUCGAAUGAACCCAGCUCAACGCGGAAAAGAAAGCGGAAGUCCCCCACGUCAUCCCCAGCAGAGCCUGAAAAUGGAUCGUCGUCUGCGACUAAGCGACGACCACCGAGCGCGUCCAGCCGCACUGUCUCUGACGGUAAUACUCCUACCGUUAUCAACACUCGGCGUCGACAGCCUUCACGUAUUGCAAGCCCCAUUCCGAGACGGCAGCCUAACCUUGACCCAGCCGCCCCCAGCUUUCUACAAUCCCUUCUGCAAGAAGUCGAGGAUGCUAGUUCUAGCACGCAUAGCAUCAACCUCCACCGUCCUUCUCCCCGCCCUGCAGCAAGUCCACCAGCCGACCAAAACUCUCCGCGGCCCUCAUCACCUGCGUUGUCUCCUCUUCCCUCGAAUCAUUCUUCACCUAGGGCAAUGUCAGCUACUCCUCCUCCACCUCCUGCGCUCAGACCUGGCUCACCCGCUGGCUUGUCUUCGAGCAUACAGCCUGUCUUUCCAUCUACUGAAUACUCCCCUCCACGACCUACCUCGCCGGAACCGAAACAGACAGAGCCAAGUGCACCUCGGUUGAAUGGGCCGAGAGUCCCUCCGGUUCCUUCAACAUCGACACCAUUGGCACAGCCAAGACCUCGAAGUCGUGUACCGCGCAUCCUUGAGAACGGGCAGGAUUCUACCGCGAAGUCCCGCUCAACGGAGGCUUCCCCCAACCGCGCAACCAUGUCGUUGACUGCAAAAGCCGACGUGCAAAAGCUCGUUGCAAGCGCUCUCAAACCACACUAUAAUGACCAAACCAUUACGAAAGACGAAUACACGACGAUCAAUCGCGACAUAUCCCGAAUGCUGUAUGAUAGGAUUGGUGAUUUUGAGGCUCUUGAUGUGGAUGACAAGGCAAAGUGGGAGAAAAUCGCCGGCGACGAGGUCAACAAGGCCGUGAGCGCGCUCAGAGCUCAGGGUUGA